CUUCGAGUGAAUGCUGCAUCGUUGCUAUCAGUUUAGCUUUACGUCAGCGCAUACCGGAAAACGGAAGGGAUUGUCGCAAAACGCAGAAGUUUUUACGACAUUUCCUCUCUGCUUGCAGCUCAGUUGUUUUCAUCACCGUAAUGGCCUCGGCUCCAGCACAGCAGCCCACUCUGACUGUUGAACAGACCAGAGUGGUUUUGAGCGAGGUGAUUCAGGCCUUCUCAGUCCCAGAGAAUGCCGCCCGGAUGGACGAAGCCCGAGAGAGUGCCUGUAAUGACAUGGGGAAGAUGCUGCAGCUGGUGCUGCCGGUGGCCACCCAGAUACAGCAGGAAGUGAUCAAAGCCUACGGAUUCAACAAUGAAGGAGAGGGCGUCCUUAAAUUUGCCCGACUGGUGAAGAUGUAUGAAACCCAGGACCCUGAAAUUGCCGCCAUGUCUGCCAAACUGAAGUCCCUCCUGCUGCCGCCGCUGUCAACGCCGCCUAUAGGAGGCGCCAUUCCAGCCUCAUAGGAACCGUUUCUGCUCAGUGAUGAUCUGCAAGCCUGUAUUUAAUUUUCUGGAUCUGACCUACUCAUCCUUUUAAUACAUUUCCAAGAUCCACUUUUUGUGCGUUUAAAACACAAAUCCCUUAUAUGGUCCAACAAAGUUUUUUUUUUUCUCUCCAUGUGUCAUUUAAUGCAUUUGUUUGUUUUUGUAUUUAUUAUACUUUAACCAUAUUCCAAUGUUGCUGAAUUCCUUUGAUGCCAUUUUGUACCAUUUUUUUUUUUAU